CUUUUAAUUCGAUAAUCGAGAUCGGAUAUCGUCGUAUCGACAAUACUAAUUCUACAAAGCUUUAACCAAAAUUUGGAAUUCAAUGGGAAAUCGUCGUGAUAAACUAAUACUUAUUAGUGGAUUAAUUAUUCUAUUCCAUGCAGCCUACUCUGCCGCACAACAUCGAACAUAUGUAAGAUUGACCGAAAAAGAUGCAACUAGAUUGCCAGGAGAUGUCGUUUUACAAUGUAUCAUUGGAACACUCUUAGCUUGCUAUGGAGUCGUCAGCGUUGCUGGAACAUUUCGGGAUAUCAAAGUAGGAGCUGAGUUAGACAAUAAGACUUGGGAAACAUUAACAAAUCGUCCAGCUUUUUAUACAUUCGCGCAUCGUGGAGCGAAAUUCUUUGUUUCAAAAAAAGCCAACGGCAGAUCAGCCUUAAAUUCAAAUGACUAG